AUGAAGCAGUUGUUCUCCUCUGCUUUAGCAACAUUGAGGUAUUAUUCGAGUGCCACUUACCAUAGCACAAAAUGGAGCAAAAAUAGAUAUAACUACAAGAGCAAAUGGGGUGGUCUUUCUUCCCCUAUAAAGCCGAAGACGAGGUGGACUAAUGAGCAAUCUCAAGUCUUAAACAAGAGCAAAAUGAAUUCUCCUAAAAUGCCUAGAAAGCCUAGAAUGAAGUGGACUGAUGAGCAAACACAAGUCUUGAAUGCCAUUCUCGAGGGAAAGUCUGUAUUUGUCAGUGGAUCAGCAGGGACCGGUAAAACUGCUUUGCUUGAGCAUGUUAUAAAGAAACUCAAGAAAAUUCAUGGUCGAUCCCAGGUUUUUGUGACAGCUUCCACAGGAGUUGCUGCUUGUGCCCUUAAUGGUAUGACCCUUCACUCAUUUGCAGGCACUGGUCUCGGUGGUGUUGAUCGUGCAAGUUUGCUAACUAGGGUUCUUUCAGAUAGGAGGGCAUAUCGGAGGUGGAUCAAGGCCAAAGUGCUAGUCAUGGAUGAAAGUAGCAUGAUUGAGGCUGACUUCUUCAAUGAUCUUGAGUUCAUAGCCAGUGAGAUACGGGGUCAGGAUCCUUUGUUGAAGGGAAAGGUUUGGGGUGGAAUACAGCUAGUUGUGAGUGGUGACUUUUUCCAAUUACCUCCUGUUCUCAAAAAGAAGAAGAAGAAGGGUGCCAAAGUAUUUGCAUUUGAAGCUGAUUGCUGGAAUGCAAGUUUUGAUUUGCAAAUUGAGCUCACAAAGGUUUUCCGGCAAUCAGAGGCUGAUCUUGUGAAAUUACUGCAGGGAAUACGUAGAGGAGAGAGUGACCCUGAGGACCUUCAGAUAUUAAAACAACGAUGCUUCUCAUCAGAGGAGGAUCCUUCAGCUGUACAGCUGUUCCCGAGGAAUGAAGAUGUCAAUAGGGUGAACAAGAAGCACCUGCAAAGCUUAGGCGAGCAAAUUUUUGUUUAUUCUGCUGUUGACAGUGGUGAAGAGCCAUCAAAGAAGCAGCUUAGAUCAGGAAUUGCACCUGAUCAGCUUGAGCUCUGCAAAGGUGCGAGGGUGAUGCUCUGCAAAAAUAUAAACCCUUGGCUUAAACUUGUGAAUGGGGCUACUGGUACUAUCAUAGAUUUUCAUGACAAAAUUGAUGCUUUUUAUGAAAGUGCUGGGAACUGUGAUGAUAGUGAUAUUCACUCCAUAUGCAGUGAUGGUUACUUACUACCUGUAGUAAAAUUUGACUCUGGACAAGUACUUAAGAUUGGUUUAGAAACAUGGGUUGUAAUGGAUGGAGAAAGGGUUGUUGCUAAGCGAAAGCAGAUACCCCUCAUACUGGCUUGGGCACUAAGCAUUCACAAAUGUCAGGGAAUGACUCUUGACCGCCUUCACACAGACCUCCGUCGGGCUUUUGGCUGUGGAAUGGUCUAUGUUGCGCUUUCACGGGUGAAAACCUUGGAUGGACUUCAUUUAUCUGGUUUUAAUCCUUCUAAGAUCGAGGCAGACCCAAAGGUUCUGCAAUUCUAUCAGAAUCUUUCAAGUUCACGAUAUUAG